GCCUUGUUUGAGUUCACCACGUCCGCCGGAGUCAAGUUGAAGUUCUUCAAGUCCUCAAGGCCUUAAGACCGGCGCAGCAACUUCGAAUUCAUACCCUCAUGGAACUCCAGGCGAAAUAUCAGUUCUGGACCUCUCACUUGUGGACUCACCUCUUUCCGGGCUUCACCUAACCGACAUGGACUAGGGUUCUCAUGACUUCGAGUUCUUCUGCCCACGGGCAGGCGUUACUGUUGAUGUUUGGCGCCAUGAAUAAUGUGGAUCUGCUCAGCAAGUAAUUGUGGACUUCAUUGUAAUUACGUGCAACGAUCCAUCUUCAUAAACUGUAGCCUUCCUUUACGAGGUCCUUUGCAGCCUGUAUAAACACAGCUUGCCCAAUACCCGAUCGCUAUGACAUGGGAGCCUCAAUCUAUUUUGGCUCCCGAUUUUUCUUUUUCUUUGUCACUAUUUCUUCCGAUACUCUUUCUGUGACGACUCGUCUUCUUCAGAAAACCAAGUCCUAAAUGAUUUGACUUUCAUGAAGUCUCAGAUCUAUCACAUCCCGAUUCAACGCGUUGAGAAAAUCGCCUCGGCACUACUUCGAUCGAAGGGGCCUCUCGACAAGUUCAUUUACUUUGGGUCAAUCCUUUUGCUGGUUAUAAGAGCACUACUCGCUUGAACACAGGUUACUGCAACCACAGAAACCAUCCAACUAGUCCUGAGACUGCAAGUUUUUUGGCUAUUUAACAAAGAAAAUGACCAGCACGAUUCCUGUAGGCACACGAGUCUUCUACUACAGAGCCGACGGCGUAGUUCUCUAUGGGACUGUUCAGUCGGUAUCUUUGACAGAGGGUACACGACUUCUAAACAUCAGGGCCGAUGAUGGAAAAGUUGUAACCCUUCCACUUGACGCCGUCACGAGAGUUUAGCGGGAUCGCAGACUACGUACACAUUACUUUUACUUUGUCUUUUCUCCUUUGUGGUUUUGAUUGAAAUGUGCCAUCUUGGAAUGGUUAUUAUUGUAGAACGUUUACUUCCUCGGACCUGGGAUAGAUUUAGAUUAUUUACUGUAUCCACAAGCAUCAUUGUAUCAUUCAACUAUUACCCUCGCAAAAUCAUGCACACCU